UAUAUCAUAAUAGUGUAGAUUAAUAUGUGUAUCAAAUUGGGUGUAAGCAUCUUUAUUGUUGAUAAAUAAAUAGUUUUAGAGACAAAAGGAUAGUACUAGUUGGAGAUAAUUGUUGUUGGAAAUGAGGUGAUAUUAAUAAUUAAUGUUUGUCAGAAGCUGAAGUUGUCGUCUACUUAUGGAUUCUCCUGCCAACAGUUCACAUCUGCGGAAAUCAGGAAGCCGACUAGUUGUUUAUGAUAUUGGUAUUGAAAAUAUACUUAUAUAAUAUAGGUUAAUUAUGCUAUUAAUCUAUCUAUCUAUCAGGUAUACUUGAAGAUGCUGCUGCUAGUGUUUUUGAAGAAGAUACCACAGACGCCAAGGCCACUACAACCAUAAUUCCAUCUCCUCUUGUAAAAUUUAAUCUUCAUGUGUUACUGUUUAUCAUUUGGGGUGUUACCUGUUGCAAGCUGGGAUUCAGUCAAGAGAAUGAGUUUAAACCUCCGUGAUCUUUUUCUGUAUGAGGCUUUUCUUUAUUACAAUCCUUUGCUACUUGUGACCAUAAUGGUUUGGCUUUGGGGCAUCAACCUAUGGGUUUUUGCACAGGCUGAUGUUAACUUUCCUAAAAUUUUUGACCUCGAUCAAAAUCAUCUCUCUCACACACAGAUUUGGAAGUGUGCUACCUGGAUGACCAUCAUCGUGCCAACUAGCAUGACAGCCUAUCUUUAUCUCUAUUCAAAUGGAGAAGUUUCGUUGGCUGCAUCUCAACCAGUGCUCCUAUAUGCUGCUUUCGCCAUGGCUCUGCUUUGUCCCUUUCAUAUUUUCUAUUUAUCAUCUCGCUACUUUUUGUUAAGAACACUUUGGAGGAUAGUUUUCCCGCUGCAGGCAAUAGCUUUUGCUGACUUCUUCCUGGCUGAUAUAUUAACAUCUAUGUCAAAGGUAUUUUCUGAUUUGGAGCGUUCAGUAUGUAGAAUGGUUCAUCGACAGGUUGCUACGAUUGCAUGGUUUGAAGGUGAUUCUGUUUGUGGCAGUCACUCAGUUGCCAUUCCUAUAGUUCUUGUAUUGCCUUAUCUAUUUCGUCUAUUUCAAUGUCUACGGCAAUACAAGGAUACUAGAGAUAAGACUAGCCUGUUCAAUGCUUUAAAAUAUUCAACAGCAGUACCAGUGAUAUUUGUGUCAGCCCUUCAGUAUCACGUAUUCCCUGACAAGUGGGUUAACCUUUAUAGACCUUUGUGGCUUGUCUCAGCCGUUGUGAACUGUCUCUAUUCAUUUUAUUGGGAUCUGACAAGAGAUUGGGACUUAAGUUGUUUCACUGUGGUUUUCAAGUUCAACAAACCACAUAUUUUAUCACAUUACUUAUACGGACGCAAAUGGGUGUACUUUUGGGUAAUCGGAAGCAACCUAAUAUUGCGAUGCACGUGGACAUACAAGUUGUCUGCCCAUCUCCGACACAAUUACCUCACAGUAUUCACAAUAACUGCUCUUGAGAUGUUCCGUCGUUUCCAGUGGGUUUUCUUCCGUGUAGAAAAUGAGUGGAACAAGAUAAGCAACAACAAAUCAUCAAAUACUCAACUCUACUUGGGUGAUCAACAAGAUAAAGAAGAAGAAUUCCUCAUCAACUCCAAUGGUCACAAUGUAUAGCCAACCAUAUAUCCAUUCCAUAUUUGCAAACAAUAAUAUCUUACUUGUCAAUACUAUAUACAAGGGUACAUAGAGCUAACAUACUACACAAUUAGGUAGGAUAUGAUAUGAUACAUUGACAAGUUUUAUUUAAUGCGUGCUUAAGUUUUUCUUUGUCUUGUAGGGCUUUCUAUUCUAUGCUUCUUUUUGGAAGCUAUUUCAUUUAUUUUCAUAAAUAAAUUCUAUUAUUUUCAGCA